GUGAGCCCGGAUCGCCCGGACCUGACGGCGACCCUGGAUGGCUCCGCCCUGGAAGGGGCGUGGUGCUCAGGGGAAGGGUGGCCACGCCCCAGCCACACCUGGCUCCUGGACCUGCCCCGCCCCACAGAGGCCCCGCCCACCGAGCAGCCACGCCUCCAGCUGGGCGUCACCUGGGAGCCCGACUCCGCCCACCGCCAGGUGACGCUGCUGCCAGACGAGGACGAGGCCUGGUGGCAGAAGCCAAUCGUGGCCCGGGAGCUGUUUUGGCCCGAGGUGGGCGUGGCCACCCCCCAGGUGCUGUGGGAACAGGUGGAGACCUGCCGGGAACUACUGGAAUUGGAGCCGUGGAGCCGAGAUGAGGCCACACCCACCCGGCCCCUCCCUUGGGGGGCGGAGCCACGGACACCAGUUCACACCAGUUUGUCCCA